AAGUCGAGGAAUUUUGCUAAAGUUCAUCUCAAUUUAAAAAUAAAUUAAUAUUUAUUUUAGCAAGUGGCGAAAUCGUCAGUGAUAUAAAUAAAGCGAUACCAAAAACAAAUGUAGAUCUCUCUCUGUUUAAGUUAUUGUCAAAAUAAUUGUGUAAAAGUUAUGCGCUGAAAAACCACAAUAUGUAUUUGAUAUACAUUCUAACGGUACAUUCUUCAUAAUAUCUUCUUGCAAUGCAUUGUUGUGAUGUACUAAGAAUAUGACCUUUAGAAUUUUCACAAUAUCCAUGUAGCUGCUACUGACACAUGCGAAAGAAUCGAUCGUAAAUUGAGCUUUCAAAACAGUGUUCAUGUUGAUUGAACCCAGAUCAAACAGGCUUUGUUCUGCAUGCGGCGGUGCUUAUCAGUUAUGGAAAUAAUCAUCCAUUUUUAGUGAUACUACCGAUCGGCACAGUGUCUUAAUUUGGCGAAAUUUCCCGUUAACAGUAACUGAUACUAAACCAAAUGCUUUCAAGUACAAUUGAAGGAGGCAUAUCAAUUAAAAGUACUAUAAUAAAUACUGAUCAUCAUGAAGCACCUUGCAGCAUGGUACCAAAAGAAAAUCAGCUCUUACGACAAGGAGGAAUGGGAGACGAUGGUAGAACAACUGUUGAUGCGCGGCACCUACCGGCGGCGCAUCGUCGACUUCUCAAGCCACGCACGUUCUUACCUGAUAGACGUCGAUUUAGUUAGAGGCUCGUCAUUUCCUAAAGCGAAGCCUACUCUGGGCAUGCGCAGAGUAGUAUGGUUCGCUCUAGUAAGGCUGGUAUUCUUCCCUGCUCUAUACCAAUGGUGGGCUCAGCAAACGUCAUCGGCUUGCGCGAAGUUCCUACUCGGUUUGUGGCUGAUGCAAGUGCUUAAUAUGUCGCUGUAUUUCAUGACACCAGCUACAUUGGAUAUAGAUGCGGACUGCUGGCUAGUGCCCCUCGGCCUGAUGUUGGUGCUAAGUGUGGUCCAUUCACAGAUUGUUAGCACCACCGAAAUGGAGCUCGCGAGAGUGCGGCCUCGAUCCACUUACAGACGAAAACUGCCGCGAUAUUUUCGACGGUCCCGUUCCGAAUGUGACGGUGGUAGCGCCGGUGGCUCCGGCGAGAGUGGCGCCACCUCUAGCCAGAGCAAGGGCCCCUCCACCAAGCCGGCCAAGUUCAGACACAGACCGACCCGCACCGAGGUGACAGAAACCGGACUGAGAAAACGCAAGAAGGAAACAUUAACGAAAGACAAUAUAAUCAAAAGUUUGGAACCGCAAAUUAAAAAUAAAGCACUAUUCAAAGUGAAUAAAGCUAAAGACUCUGAUGAUGAAGACUAUAUGGCUUGGAAAAAGCCUCAUGUGGUAGCUCCUAUAGUUACAUUCACUCCACCGUCUGAUAACGCUACGCCCGGCUCGUCUAUUAAUUUCAAAUCUAAUAUACUCACAAAGAAACAUCUAGAAACAUUUAACGUGAGGCAACACCAACAAAUUAACGUCGCGAGAGCGAUAUUUGCCGACGGCGAUGACGGUUUUGAAAGUCUCAACGGGUACAAUUCGAAUGGAAGCGAUGGAGACAAUCGCAUCAAAGAAAAUGACGCCAAAACUGCACCCAAAAUUGUCGAAGGGGAAAUUAAACGAGAAUCAUCAGACCCUAUACCAAUACCAGAAGUUAUUAAAGUAGUUGAUAAUGAAAGUACACCAAAUGAAAAAGUUCCUAAAGAAAUUAAGAAUGAAGACGAUGAAAAGUCUUUAGAUGCUGAGUCCGAUGGUGGUGCGCCUACUAGCAGCCCUAGUGCUCCUAAACGAGUAGGUGUCAGAUUUAGAAGUUCUUGGGUAAAAGAAACCAUACCUAGAGAAUCUAGUGACGACGAUUUUGCGUCACUUAAAAAGAAACAAAAGAAAUUAGACAAUUACCAGUCGUCGUCAUCCGACGGUGAGUGCUCGGCUUCGGCGCCAUCUAUCGCUCUCCCAUCGCACCAUACCAUGUCUGACUGGGUUGGGCAAACCACUAACAAACAUGUCUUGACAGGCGAAGAGAGCAGUUACUGCUCCCAGUCAGAAGGAGGCCAUUCGGACGUGGAAUUCCAUUACACAGCUGAUAGUUCUUGGGACCCGUUCGCGCUUCUGGACCCUACUAGUGAUACAGUAAAAUGCACGAUGUGGGAGCGCGGCUCGACGCUUCGCGCAGAACUAUCAGCGGUGGACAUCAGCUGGUACGUGGUGGCGCGCGCCGAGCGGGCCAUGGCGGCCGACGGCGGGCUGUGGGCCGGCCUGGCCAUGGCUGCGGUGGUCGGGCUCUUGACGCCCAUCACUAGGCUUGUGCAGGUGGCAAUAGAUCAAGACACGAGGACAGAAGAAGAACUACAGGCGGUGUCAAUAAUAACUUACAUUCCUUCUCUUGUGAUCAGCUAUACUCAAGGCUCUUUGUUAUGCAUGCUAAGUGGGGCUUUUGGUGAUAAUAUUUGGGAAAUAUCAACAAAUAUCCUGUCGUGCGUUCUUCGUUUCGCAAUGAGUGCGCUAGUAUUUUUCCUGCUAGCGGUGGCGGAGCGAGCGUUCAAACAGCGUUUUUUGUACGCGAAGCUUUUCACGCAUCUGACGUCAGCGCGACGCGCGAGAAAGUCCGAACUGCCGCACUUUAGGCUCAACACUGUAAGGAAUAUCAAGACAUGGCUCUCUACGCGCUCUUACUUACGGCGUCGCGGGCCGCAGCGUUCGGUCGACGUGAUCGUUUCGUCCGCCUUUAUGCUGACGCUCAUUCUCCUGGCGUGCGUCAGCGCACAGCUGCUUAGGGACUCAAUAACCCUCGAGCGCGGCUGGCUACUCGAAGCAGUCGUCUGGUGCUGCUGUCUUGGCAUAUACCUGCUGCGUCUGCUGACCCUCGGCAGCGACGUGAACCGCAAGUACCGCGGCUGCCUGUCCUCCAUCCUGACAGAGCAGAUCAACCUUCACCUUGCGAUGGAACAGCGGCCCGAGAGCAAGGAGCAGCUCACUGUGGCCAACAACGUGCUAAAACUUGCUGCGGAUUUGCUAAAGGAACUGGACGCGCCAUUCAAGAUAUCAGGAAUAUGCGCCAAUCACUACUUAUACACGAUCACUAAAGUAGUGAUCCUCUCGGCCUUAUCUGGGGUGCUCUCAGAGAUGUUAGGUUUUAAAUUAAAACUUCAUAAAAUCAAAAUCAAAUAAAAUUGAUCUGUCGUCACACUAUCGAAUGUAAUACCUCCAGUUUAUUGGAGAAGCUGUAUUAGCACGUUUUGAAACAACCCCAUCUUCAGUAGAAGCAAAAUUUAUUAGAUGUAAGUUAAAACUUAGGGCAACUGUUGCGUUGAGUUUGUAAAAAAAAACUUUUGUUCUAAAUAUCUUAUAACAUACUUACAUAGUUUUGAACGUCAUCAUUUCAUACACGUGCCACUUAUGCUAGGUUUAUAUGGCAUUAGUUCGCCACGGACAUAACAAAAUCAAAUGAAAAUUGUCGUGUGAAAACCUAGUUUCACGCAUAAGAACGUGAAAAGAGCGAACUGUAUCGCCGUCUGAACGCGACUUAUGUAAUAGUAAAGCGUGUCGAAUUCGAAUGCUUUAUUUCAAUGGAAUUAAAUAUUUUUUUUACUAUGGAAACUCGCUCAACGCAACAAGCCUAAAAACCUUCGUCCUUUUCAAAUCUACUUAAUUAAGUCACAAAACAAUAAUAUACAUAAUAUAAAUUAUGAUAUAAAAUAAUAAUUAAUAUGAUUCUAUAUUAAUUAUCAUCAUAAAGAAUUAUUAGGCAAAUUAUAUUGAAAAAAUAUGUUUAAUUCUCCAACAGUUUCAGCUCCAUAAUUAAUCCAUAUUAAGUUCGGUAUUGCGUCGAAGUUGCAAUGUUUCAUUUCAAAAAUAAUUAAUAUAAUUUAAAAAUCUUAUUUGUAGUUGAAAUAAGACAUGAAGGUGAAGUAACAACUACUUACAAAAAUAAAGACUAUUUUUUUUUAUUUUAGCAUUAUAUUUUUUAUAUUUAGAUAAGUAGGUGUAUUUAUUAGGAAUCGAAUUUAUAGUGUUAUGAUGAUCUGAUGUAUUAGUUAUGUACAACUGUAGAUACAAAUUUUAUAUCAAAGUGAGUUAUUCUGACUUUCAAAUCAAUCUAAAUUCUAUCUUGAAUAGGUACUUAAAAUAAACGAAUACGACAUAGUUUCAAUAGUUUUUUGCACUAUUUACUUUAUGUACAUAAUAUUUUAGUUAACAUGUCUUUUCUACGAAAAAGGUCCCUCAUACUGUAUUUUUAGAGUAUUAAGUAGAUAUUUCACUGACAAUCAAUACAUUAACACUUAGUUCCUUAUGUAGCUAAGGGACUUAUUUCUUGAAAGGAACUACUAUUUUUCUGAUCUCAUUUUUUCAUAAGAAAUCAAAUAAACAAAAUACCUACUUACUCUGGACAUUCAACAUUAAGCCUAGGCGCAGACCACCGAUUUUUCGUCGGCCGAUAGUUUAGUCGGGCAGUUGAUCAGUAUGGACAUGUUGGAAGUGCGCACAUGACACCGAUUGAUUUUUCAUACAAAUUAGAAUCGGGCCCAACUAUCGGCCGACUAAAAAUCGGUGGUCUGCGCCUAGGCUAAUAAUAUACGUAUUGAAUACUUUAUGUAGGUACGUACUUUGUACUAAUAUCAUAAUAGUAAUCGGAAAUCAGAGCCACUUGCUCUUUAUUAUAAAAUAUAUACGUUUCUAUAUUUGUGCCAAAUAUGAACAAACGCAAUAUUCAUUUUGAAAUGUAAAAUCGAAAAAUAAAUAUUUUUUUAUUUGGAUAAAUUAUAAAAUAUUAACGAUAUUUUAAUUGAUAGUAAAUUCGUUCAUGCCACGAAAUUACUAUAUGUGCAAUAAAUGUUAUUGUUUAUGUAUUUUAUACAGUGUGGAAUCAGUCUCGUGAAACAAACAAUUUUUGAGCAUCUUGAACGUAAUGAUAAUGUGAAGUAUCCAUAUUAUGUACUUCAAUGCAUUGCCAUUCGUUGUUUAUAAUGUUUGUUACAUUGUGAUAAUAAUUAUGUUACAUAAAUUAUCCUGGUAGCCAGUAUACCGUCGG